GUAUGUUCCGUGUUGACGCGGGAUUUAGUUGAAUCAGUCGUAAACUCAUAUCGUUCGUCUUUUUGACUACAGUAAGCUUUUUAAAAGUAGGUUGAAAUAGAUCAUGGAGCAGAAAUAUGAAGAGGAGAUUCAGAUUCUCCAGCAGGAAAUUAAAAUGUUGGAGGCUGAACAGGAGGAGACUUUACGGUCCAUUUUUAUACAACAUGGAGAUCGUCUACAGCGAGGAGUAAAAUUAGCCUGUGAGGAGAGAGGAGGUGGAGGAGCACAGCAACAUGCACUUUCAAAGCUGAUCACAGAAGUUAGAGAGCUGGAAAAAGACCUCAGACAACAGACAGAAAUCAACGGGAUUACUCUUAAUGAGUGUUUUGUGAAGACGUUGCAUAAAAGUGAAAGGAAACUCGUACAGCAGCUCAGACUUGCUGGUCACUGCAGGUUACUCUUGUUCCAAGCUGAAUUUGCAGUGACUGAGAUUCAGGAGGACAAUGUUCUGCACAGGAGAGUUACUGAGCUCAAUAUUGUUGUGGAUGGAGUUGAAUUUAAAGAUUUCUCUGCAUUUGUAUCAAGAAUGGAGGACACAAAAGAUCUUCUCUUGUUCUUCAGGACCUUGAGGACAUUUUCCGAGAGAUGUGAGGAUAGGCGUCAAACGUUUCAGCACUUUCAGGAGAAGUACCCAGACGUGGUCAACCUUCCAGAGGGAUGCAGAUCAGAGAUCAUGAUUAUACGAAGUCCUCAACUUCCAGGGAUCUCCAUGACUUUAUUCUGGAAGAUCCAUGUCUCCAAGGAAGGAGUGGUAAAGCCGUUGCUUGAUCUACUGCUGAAAAUGCCAGAUCAGGCUCUGGAGUUGGACACCAAAAAAGUGAUGGAAAACAGCUCUGAUUAUUUUCAGAGCCUCCUGCAGCUUCUCGGGGUGGAGGCAUCAAUCGAAGGCUUGAUAAGGACUGUGUGUUCGUGACGAGUCAUAAAUCACAAGUCAGGGAACUUCAUAUCUAAUCAUUUUAUUUGAUAUAAACACCUGUACAAUCACCCGUUAGGAACUACAUCUUGAUGCCACCAGUACGCGUUAAUCAUUUUCACGCACCAUAUGCCCACACUGUAUGGAAAUAUACAUCAUUAGACAAGAGCUAGAAAAAUAAAUAAUUUUAAAUACAAAAUGUCAGACAGCAAAAUCCACUUUGUAUUUUCUUUUUUGAAAUAGUUAAAAUUUUAAUGUUAGAUUUCCAUCACAGAAACUGCGAACUUUCGUUCUUUUUCAAAAAUCAACGUCCAUUCCUAUCUACAUAGUGAUUAUAGAUCUGUAUUUCAUUACGAUAAGACAACGCCACCACCUCAGACUCGUAGUAUCUUGGUUCGAAUGGGGAAAGAUGUCGUUAAAACAAAAGGCAAAUACAGCAAUGUCUGGUGUGGAGAAACUGCACUUAAUCGGAUACAUCAUCAUAACACAUCAAAAUGGAGCGACAUGACAGUACGCAAUCGGUUUGACGAUAAAAGUGCGUUCGCUCAUGAUUAAGUAAGGCUUUUUUAAUACUUCUCUUGACACCAGUUCACAUUAAGACAAAAAGGGGAGUGUGAACGACACAGUUUGGCAAAAGUCAAUCCAUGUAAAACCCAAAUACUAUAUACUCCCGCUGAAAAACGGCACUGACGACUUUGAGUUAAAUAAGCCCACAUAGUUUGCGUCACGCUGUAAGAGGUAAACAGGAGCACGAGGAUCCCUCACACUACAGUAUUUUGUAACAGUAAUAUUCCCCAUGACAGAGAAAGGCGACCACGAGGUGCCAUCCGUAGUGUUAAAGCCACACCGUAAAAUUAGCGUGAACCGUUGCACUGUGGUUGGAUUAUUAGGUCCGUCUGCACUGGCAUUUCUGGGGGCUAACAAUGUACUGCUUCUCCAUUUGGAGGAAAAAAAAACUGCUGAGUCAUCUUGCUUCUGUAUUGUGCUAACAAUCAUUGGCAUGCUGUCCAUCUUUGGUCGACUUAUGAAAUAUGUCUGGCUCUGCAAACAAUUACGAGCAUUAAAACGCAGACAUUAUAGCUGCAGGGGAUGGAUUGGGCUGGUUGUUUUAUAGUCUGCGCUUUUAAGACUGUUGACACGCAAACAUAUUAGCGUCGAACACAAAGAUAAACAGACACAGCUAAUUUAUCAUUUUACAGGAGGAAAAUAGAUGUUGGAAAUGGACUUUAAAGUAGUCGUUCAGACAUAAAUGAUGACUCAGUUCUUAUUUACACACCUUGAUGCCAGUGCACUGAUGUUUUUUUUAACAUUUCCGAACAACCUUUACACAACUUUUGGCAUACAACAACAGGUUGAAUGUGACGAAAGGCUGUAUAUAAAGCACCAUGAAUGUAGUCGAUACAGCUUGUGCACUAUUAUUCAAAUUUUUCUGAAGUCAUACUACAAUUUUGAAAGCAAAAAAAAGAUAGUAGUAUUGUCACGAUACUGCAAUUCGGUACCAAUCGGUACUGAAAUUUUAAAAACGUCCAUUUCCUGCUAACCCGCGUUUGAUUUUUUAUUAUGUUCACAUGCUCAACAGAAAUGACUGUGAUUGGCCGUGAAGGUCAUCAGUUCAUCAAACUCACCACUGUUUACGGAGUCUGACUACAGAGACACUGGAUUGUUUUAAAGCCACGAAGUUCAGCUGGUCUUUUUAUAAGCUCCGCUGAUGAAUCGGCUGAUCUUCAUGGCUUUAAAAUGCUCCAGUGUCUUUGUAUCUGUAGUUACACUCAGUAAACAGCAUUGAGUAUGCUGAACUGAUGACCUUCAAGGCCAAUCACAAGUGUUUUUAAAAAGCUAGUGAUUGGUAUCGAAAUCCAAGCCAAUCAAGGUCAUUUCUGUUGAGCACACGAACACAAUGUCAAAUUAGCGCCGUUUAAGAAUGCGCUCAAAUGUUAGCGGGAAAUUAACGUUUUUUUAAAAUUUCAGUACCAAUUGGUAUCGAAUUUCAGUAUCAUACCAGCAUCAAGUCCACCUAAAAAUGAAAAUUUGCUGGUAAUUUAUUCACCCUCACGUCAUCCAUUAUGCGAUGAGUUUAUUUUUUUCCGGUAGAACACUAAAGUGUAUUUUUUGUAGCUGGAAAUGUGGGCUUGGCUAAUUCAUUAAAUGCAAGUCAAUCGCUACUGGCACUUUUAGAGUCGAAAAAAACAAACUCAUAUAAAAAACAAGGUCUUAUAAAGCAAAACAGUUGGUCUGCAAAAGAAACAGAACAAUAUUUACAGUAUUAUGCGACAGAAAGAACUACAGACUGUCAUAAACAUGCUCAGAAUGGUUAGCAGAUUAUUCGUUCUUGUUCAUUAAACCACAAUGUGUCAUGAGCAACCGUACUUAUUUUAUUUUGCCUGUAUGUUUUUUAGGACUCUCAAAUUUGCUGGUAGUAAUUGACUUGCAUUUUAAGAAUAACCACAAAAAAAAUGUAUAUUAAAGUUAUACCAAAGAAUCUUCAUCGAUCCAAGUGCGAUUAAACCAACACCAAUUUUUCAUUUGUGUGUAAACAACCCCUUAAAUUCAUUUGGACAAAAAAAUACAGGGUUGAGCUGUAUAACAAUUCAUUCAAAAUAAGUUUGCGGUGACAAGGCAAGUCGAUCUUAUUCAUUACGGUCUGUUGUUUAGUAAGACACUUCAAUUUGUAGAUGGCGGUAAACGGUUACGCCAGCAUGUUACAAAAAUACUUUUCAUUAGAGCGUUAUGUGAUUAGACUCUUGAAUCUUAUAAGUUAAAAAAGCUAAUCUUCCGGGUAGUGACAGUAUUAGCGCAGCCGCAUUCACUAGCAUGCAACAGGUCUGUGCUUGUCAGUAUAACUCCCGAUACUGUAGCUCGCAGUGGGUCAGUGGUUUAAGGAGCUCUUUAGGGACGUUACAAAGCAGUAGUCACACGUAAAAACUCAAGUACUGUUCUGUUUUUGAACUCCAAACUGCUUGUACGGUAACUGCAGACUCGGCCAAGCUGAUGCACGGUAAAACGUUCAUUAGGGAAAGAUCGCUGUAAGCCACUUUUGGCACUUGGAAACCACAGUAGCGCUGCUGCGUGAGUAAAACACCCAACAGCACUGCACAAACACACACAUUCACACACACACAACCUCCUCGUCCUCCCUUUUUUACAGCCAAUGACUGACUCGAUCAGGUAUUCUGUGCUUUAAGGAGACCAGCCCCAAUGAGAACAUCAUCCUCGAGAAAGAAAAACAUUAGGUCGUCCUGGCAACAACCCCCAUCGCUGCUCACUUCAUGUUGCAGAACAUGUUGGGAGGGGCAACAAACAAACAAACAAACAAACAAACAAA